GAAACAACUCUCUUUACAACUAGUGACACUAAGUGGCGUACCCUUUACCGACCUGAAGAUGCUAUUGUGAUAGCGAAACACGUGUCGUGGUUUGAAAACUCAUUUUUGUGAAAAUCGAAUAACCUGUUAAGUUCGAUUAAGUAUCGGCCACAUCCAAUGUUUUUAUAUACGAUAUGGCUGCAUCAUGAGAUUUCUACGAAAAAAACAUUUUUUCCGUUCAAAAAAUUAGCAUAGCUGACGAGUAAAAACUUUCUAAAAACUCGAAAACAGCUGGAUCGAUCCUGACCAAAACCGAUAGGUUUCUUCACGAUUCAAAAAAAUUCUUCCAAUUGUAAAACACAAUAGAUUAAAAAAGGAAUAUAGUUAGCUUAAUUUUCAUGAAACUGUCACUCAUUGAGAAAGAAAAAUGUCAAAUAACCUCAGCCAGUAUGAGAAUGUCUUCCAUAUCUUGCAUCAAGAUCAUUCCUACUUUUUAGCUAGUUCGGAUGAACUAAUUCCAAAACGAAAAUUGGUGAACGAUUUCAGCAUUCCAAGAAUUUUUCACAACCGCGAUAAGAAGGUUGCCGCAUUAAGAAUAAAGAACUUCUUAUGUUCAAUAAGAGAUAGAAGAAUUUAUGAAAAAAUCAAAUCAACACUAUUCAAAUUUGCAAGUCAAAACCCAAUAUGGCUUCUCAGACGAUUAGACUAUGCAUAUUUCACAUUAUUUGAAAAAAACAAUUGUGCAUUAGUUUUCAGAUUGGCCGGCGAGUCAUUUCCUCCUUAUAUUGUUUACAAAAUAUUUAGUUGCCUUUAUGUAAUCAAUUCAUUCAAGUUUCCUAUCUUGCAACCAAAAUUGAGGAUAAAGGAAAGAAAACCAGGAAAAGCACCAAACACUAGCUAUUAUCAGAACAAAGAUGACAAAUGGAAAAUUUGCUAUGUAUAUAAAGAAGAGAAAAAACUGUUUAAAAAAUCAGAAUCAAGAAAGAAUACCAAUUCAAUCUCCUGGAUAUCAGAAAAGUAUGGGCCUUGAACAACAGAUCUAAAUAUUUAGCAAUAAGUUGGAUUUAACCUAAUGGUUCAUUUAUCUUUAUACCUCAAUUUUCCCAGAAAAAACUUUUAGUGUUGUAUUUAUAUUAUUAUUGUAAUAAACAUUUUUUCCAUUUUAACUUCGAAGUGAACCAGAAGAUCGGCAGAUUUAAUACACUAGCGUCAGAAGCACGGCGCCCCUGAGUUCAUGAAAACUCUUAAGAAAACACCAGAAAGCUUUUUUGUUUCUAGAUGUGAGCAUUCAACUAAAUACUAACUCCGAUUA